GCAGCUCCUGUAGGCUGCUGUGGUUUGCCCCUAAGCUAGGCAGCAAGCAUUCACCCCUUGCAUUACUGAGAGGACGACGGUAGCUAGUUAGCAUUAACAACCAGUCUUUACAUAGGAAAGGUAGUGUAUGCCAUUUAAUUUGAAUGGCUAAAAUGAAUGUUGUGACUGGCUAACUUGCUGUAGAUAACACAUCUGGGAAAAACCUUAAAACUGCCUCUCCCAGUGUAUCGUUAACGUUAUCCCUCUAAUCACGUCAAGAUGUCAGCUUUCUCUGAGGCUGCUUUAGAAAAGAAACUAUCCGAGCUCAGCAACUCACAACAAAGUGUGCAAACGUUGUCGUUGUGGCUCAUUCAUCAUAGAAAACACUCGAGGACAAUUGUCAGUGUUUGGAUCAACGAACUGAAAAAAGCUCAGGUAUCACGCAAGCUGACCUUCCUUUACUUGGCCAAUGACGUCAUUCAGAACAGCAAGAAGAAAGGACCAGAAUUCACUCAGGACUUUGCACCAGUCAUCGUUGAUGCAUUCAAACAUGUAUACAGAGAUGGCGAGGAGGGCUGUAAGAAACAGUUGGGUCGGGUUUUGUCUAUCUGGCAGGAGAGAGCGGUGUACGAGAACAACCUCCUGGAUCAGCUCUCACAAGUUCUAUAUGGAGAAAAGAAGGCUAAGAAGAGGUCGUAUGAGGAGAUCCGACCAGAUGAUGAGGACUUUGCUUCCCAGAGCUCCCCAGCCGAGCCCCCACAGACAGCAGAGUUAAUUCGAGCCCUGCAGGAGCUAGAAAACGCAGCCUCUGGCGACUCAGUGCUGCGUCAGCGCAUCUCCUCCCUUCCUGCUGAAGUGCAAGACACGUCACUGCUUAACAGGAUCACAGAUAAGGAAUCAGGGGAGCGGCUUUCCCGGCUGGUGGAUGAGGCCUGCAUGUUGCUAGCAGACUACAGUGGCCGCUUGGCGGCAGAGAUUGAUGAUAGGAGGCAGCUCACACGCACACUUACGGUCUUCCUGCAAAGCCAGAAGGAUGGGCUAAACCAGAACGAGCAGAAACUAGAAGAAUACAAACGCAAACUGGCGAGAGUGACCCAGGUCCGGAAGGAGCUGCGUUCGCGUCUGAACAAUCUUCCAGGAGGACUCUACAACUCUUCAAACUGACUCAAGUUUCUCCUCCUGACCACUAAAACAUCUCAACCUGUCACAUUGCCAUAUUCUGUUUUUUAUUUUGGAAAGUGUGGUUGUCAUUCUGUAUUUAAAAGAUUAUUUAUCCACAUGGACUUUAUUAACAGAAAUGUCUUCUGUUUCUGUCUGUGAGCUCAUCCCUUUGUGCUGUAUGUUAUUGAAAAUUAAGAUUCAUAAUCAUCAGACAUUGGCCCCUCAUGUUUUGGCCCCUGCCCCUUUCAGUUUUACAGCUUUAAAGUGGCAUGGGUGAUGCUGGUGUGAUAUUUUUGUAUUUAUAGUGACUUAAGAUAAUGCACCAGAGAAUAUCCAGUUAUUGUGAUCAUUCAUAAUAAUUUUCAGUGUUUUGGAUUUCUGUCAUAACUUUCUUUUACUAUGUCUGUAAAUGCAUCUGUCUAACUCUUUGUUCUAGAUAAAUUUUUUUAUGCAGCGUGAUAAUGGCCUGUGAAGAGAAUGGUACACUUGUGAAAUCUUUAGGAAAUCAUAUUCUGAAGCUAUUCUGAAGAGUACUAUUCCAUGUCCCUGAAAGCAAUUUAAAAUGUGUAAUUAUCAUUUACAUAAAGCCUCUUUGUGAGAGUGGCGAGUAAGUCAUGACUCAGUGUACAUAUUCAAAUUUGCAUGUAAAUAUGAUUGGAAUUAUACCUGUAAGUGCUUAAGCUUAGUAUCCAUGUCAACAUGGCUUGUGAAAUGGUCAUUCAGACAAAUUACUGAGGUAUGUCUGUACAUCGAUAUCUUCAUAGUUGAUCAGACAUCCACUGUACUGAAAUAAUGAGUAAAGGAGUCCGUUGUGUUGUUUACUGUAUCAUACUGCUUCAUAGAUUUAUCCUUGAGUCUACUGAAUGCUGUGCACAUGCCUCACACAGCUUAGGUGCCCCAGUUUCCAAAGCUGUUUGUUUUUGUAUAUGAAGCAAAUUCUUAUUAGAACCAAAUAAACACAAAAUGUACAAAUA